AUGGACCGCUCAGCGAUCACAGAACCGACUCGAACCCAGCCAUUGUCAUCGACAUUAUCCACAAACGAUGACCUGACGCCGAAACAUUCAACUAUGAAUGGACGGAUUGUGGACGCGAAGAAAACUGCUGAAGGAUUAGCUGGGCUAUACGAUUCUGAUGACGAUAAAGCUGAUGUGAAAGCUGGAGGUCUGGACGCUCUAUUUCUUGUUCGCAACAAGCCUGAAGAGAUUGAGCGAUAUGUUAUACACUUGCGGAAGAUGUUGUUGGAAGGUGAGGGUGAAACGGUCGUCGAACUCGGUGUUCCCAUAGAACUAGGUGGAAAGGCAUCGGGAAUUCCAACAAAGGACUUAGAUGUUGCUGUUGCUAACCAUGUAAAAGCUCUUGCGAGUAUUCCAGCAAUAGAGAAAAUUCUUGUUUACUUAAAAAGAAGUCUCGGAAAAGCGCCAUAUUUGGCACCGAAACUGCUGCAGUUGUUAUUUUUGUGGGAUUUCACACUGACCUUGAUAUUCAAUGUGUUGUUCUAA